CAUCUUCCCCCUCCCACUCUCCCCCCUCGCCCAUCAAGCCAAACCAGAGCAUCAAAACCAGGGCAAGAUCCAAAUGGGUAAAGACGUCGAAGUAAUCGAAUCCGGCUCCCAAAACGUCACUGAGUACACCGCGAAAGACUAUACCGACCCCCCUCCCUCCGCCCUCUUCGACUUCGAAGAACUCGCAAAAUGGUCUCUUUACCGCGCAACCAUCGCCGAGUUCGUCGCCACCCUCCUCUUCCUCUACGUCACGAUCCUCACCGUCAUCGGCUACAGCCACCAAUCCGAUCCCCUCCUGUCACCCAACGCUGACUGCGAAGGCGCCGGAAUCCUCGGCAUCGCCUGGGCUUUCGGCGGCAUGAUCUUCAUCCUCGUCUACAGCACCGCCGGGAUCUCCGGCGGCCAUAUAAACCCGGCCGUGACCUUCGGCCUUUUCAUCGCUCGCAAAGUCUCGCUUUUUAGAGCCCUGCUUUAUAUGGUGGCGCAGUGUCUCGGAGCUAUAUGCGGAGCCGGUUUAGCUAAAGCGUUUCAGAAGGCGUAUUAUACCAGAUAUGGCGGCGGAGCGAAUGAGGUGGCGGAUGGGUAUUCGAAAGGGACGGCUUUGGGGGCGGAGAUCAUCGGAACUUUUGUUCUUGUUUAUACUGUCUUCUCCGCCACCGAUCCGAAGAGGAGCGCACGAGAUUCGCACGUGCCGGUUAGUAUUCUACUCUCUUUCUCUCUCUAUUUUUUUUAAAUGACUAAAAUUAUA